AUGGCCGCUACUACCACCCCUGCCCCUCAGAUGGGCGCUGUCGACUUCUAUGGACGUAUUUCAUUCGCUGGUGCCAUGUGCUGCGCUAUCACGCAUGGAGCCGCAACGCCCCUCGACGUCGUCAAGACCCGUAUUCAGCUCGACCCUGCCACCUACAACCGUGGCAUGAUCGGUGGUUUCCGCCAGGUCAUCCAGAACGAGGGUGCUGGCGCUCUCCUGACUGGCUUCGGUCCCACCGCUGCCGGUUACUUCCUCCAGGGUGCCUUCAAGUUCGGUGGAUACGAGUUCUUCAAGCAGCAGUCCAUCAACAUGCUCGGCUACGAGACCGCUAAGAACAACCGCACUGCUGUCUACCUUGCCUCCGCCGGUAUCGCCGAGUUCUUCGCUGAUGUCGCCCUUUGCCCCCUUGAGGCCACCCGUAUUCGUCUCGUUUCCCAGCCCACCUUCGCCAGCGGUCUUCUCCCCGCUAUGGGCCGUAUCAUGAAGGAGGAGGGCAUUGGUGCCUUCUACUCCGGAUUCGGACCCAUCCUGUUCAAGCAGGUCCCCUACACCAUGGCCAAGUUCGUCGUCUUCGAGAAGGUCUCCGAGGCCAUCUACGCUCAGUUCGACAAGAGCACCCUCUCCGACGGCUCCAAGACCGGUAUCAACCUCGGCUCCGGUCUCGUCGCUGGUCUCGCUGCCGCCGUCAUCUCCCAGCCCGCCGACACCAUGCUCUCCAAGAUCAACAAGACCCAGGGCGCUCCCGGUGAGGGAACCGUCACCCGUCUCGUCAAGAUCGCCAAGGAGCUCGGUAUCCGUGGCUCCUACGGUGGUAUUGGUGCCCGUCUGUUCAUGGUCGGCUCCAUCACUGCUGGUCAGUUCGCUAUCUUCGGUGACAUCAAGCGUGUCCUCGGCUGUGGCGCUGGUGUCGAGAUCGGCAAAUAG